AUGCAUUUCACCAAGUUUCUCACCACCAUGGCAUUUGCCAGCCUUGCCAUCGCUGCUACUAUCCCUAACGGCGCGGAUCUAGCCGAGCGUGCUCUUGCUAAACCAGCAACUCCUGCCAAAGCACCAGCGGCAGGUCCUCUGGUGGCCGGCACUGGCCCAUUCAAGAAUGUCAAGGGAACAAAGGCCGCCUGGGCCGACUUGGCUGCUGGACACGGCAAGGGCACGAAGCGCGACGUCGAGAGGCGCGCGGUCCCAGCCGGAUUCCUGGGUGUCGAGGUUUUUCAAGGCGGGCACGACGGCUUCGGAUCGAUCCCCCUUGGUCUCUAUACCGAGGGACUCGUUACUUGCUUCGGUAUUGUCAUCAAGGGUGACGCACCGGCCGGCUCGACCAGCGUCAAUACCCGCUGGCUGCUGCACAUGCAGGCGACCAGCGACGCCGGCGACUGGACCCCGUUCGAGGCGAAGGUCAGGGCCGCCGGUCUCACGAACAUGCAAGGCUACAUGUCUGUUCCCAGCCCAGCUGCCGUCGGGACGAAAAUUGCCGGCCGAACAUGGUCCCAAGCAGACCAGGACUUGAGCACCCAGAUGAUUACAGCAAUGACGACUGCUGUAAGGACUCUUACUGGCAGAGCUCCCAUCGUCCACCAGCGCCCUAUGAGCCCUCCUUCUUCUAUGCAGAUCGAUGGUACCGGUCAAGUCUCCGCUGCUGGACACAAGCUGUAG